AUCAAAUCGCUGGGUUUUUGCAGGGUUCAACGACAUUCUCCGAUCGCCGGAAAACCGCAAGGAACGAAAGAAAGAAACACAAACAAGAAAAAACGAGCAAAGAUGGGUAUCGGUAGCUUACUCGACCUCCCCAUUCAGCUUCUCAUGCCAUCUUCUCUCUCACCCAUCAAAGAAAUCUCCCUCAAAACCAUCCCUCAUGCUUCCAAGAUCGAUAUUAAGAAUGUUUUGGAGGCCAGGUACGGAUUCGAGGUCGAGAAGGUAAACACCCUGAACAUGAAAGGGAAGAAGAAAAAUAGGGGCGGUUGGGUGAUUGCGAAACCGAAUUACAAAAAGGCAUACGUGACUCUGAAGAGGCCACUGUCGACAUCACAGGAUUUGUUUCCGCAGAGCAGCAUGAUCAAGGAGUGACCAUCCAAGUCAAACUGGAAACACAGGUUGCCUUGGCUCGAUAAUCAGGAUGGCGGUGGCAGGUUCAAGCCUGAGAAGAGUUCCGGCACUAGUGGCAGUCUGCAGUGGUGAUGGUGGCGCCGUGGCUUGCUGGUUCCCCUGGAGCAGCACACGGUCCUCUUGGUAGAGUUUUUUGUUCUGCAAUUUCUUGCUUGAAUUGGUGUGAAUUGAUGAGUGACUCUUAAGUGUUGAGAGCCUUCAUUCGGGUGCUAUAAUAUCUGUUAAAGUUUACUUGCGUCAGCUUCAACCUAAAAGCCAUUUCCUUCG